AUGAAAGUCAUUAUAGUAGGCGCAGGAAUCGGCGGACUGGCCUGUGCCAUUGCUUGUCGCCAGAAGAAUCUCGACGUGCUUAUCCUGGAACAAUCCGCUGAAAUUCUGCCAGUUGGCGCUGGAAUCCAAAUCCCUCCAAAUGGAGCCCGGAUCAUGAAGGAACUCGGUCUGCUGCCUCAGAUCGAGGAGAAAGGCACGAAACUCGAGUCCACGGAUCUGCGACGGUACAAAGAUGGGAGGAUCAUCACUUCGAUGCCCUGCGGUGAGUCUAUAGUGAAGGAAUAUGGAGCGCCGUGGAUCGUCAUACAUCGCGCGGAUUACCAUCAGAUCCUUCUCGACAAGGCUAGAGACCUAGGUGUUGAGAUUCGUCUAGGAGCGCUUGUCGAGAAGGUCCUCGUCGACGAGACGGCAGUCAUUGUGGGUAAAGAGACAAUCACGGGCGACGUGAUCAUUGGUGCUGAUGGUUCGUUUUCUCUCCCAUCCUCACCUCAUGCCCGCGCUCAUAAGAUAGGCCUCUGGUCCAAAAUCCGCGAAGUCGUCCUCGAUGAACCCAAUCCGCCAGAAGAAACAGGAGACCUAGCCUACCGCGCCACAUUUUCGCGAGCGCAGCUCCUAGCCCGGAACGAUCCAGAGGUGAAAGCACUCUGCGAGAAACAAGGCGUAACCGCCUGGCUGGGCCCUAAGAAACAUGCCGUUUUCUACCCCGUUCGCGGCGGACAAGAGUAUAAUCUUGUGCUGCUCCAGCCAGAUGAUCUGCCGCCCGGAGUGCGUACGACGCUGGGGGAUGUGGAUGAGAUGCGGUAUGGGUAUGAAGAGUGGGAUCCAACGCUGGGGAAGAUGAUUUCCUGUAUCGCGACUGUCCUGAAGUGGAAGCUGUGUCAUCUUCCUGAGUUGCCAAGGUGGACCAAGGGCUCUGUUACACUACUUGGAGAUGCGUGUCAUCCAACUCUACCGUAUCAAGCGCAGGGUGCCGCCAUGGCCGUGGAAGAUGGCGCAGUUUUGGGAAUGCUACUCCACCACGUAGCAUACUCGCAGGACUACAAAUCCAGAAUCCCACAAGCACUGCAACUCUACGAAGAUAUUCGAAAAUCCCGGACUGCCCGGAACGUUCAAGGGGCCAUCCGCAACCGAGGCGCCUUUCACCUCGCCGAUGGCAUCUUACAACGACUGCGCGAUUUCGUUUUGAGCUGGUCAGGCCUAACUCGAGAAACAGACUGGAUUGGACUGAUGUCUUUGCGACAACGAGCGGUUCUUGGAUUUGAUGUUCUACAAGAGGUAGAGCAACGGAUGCCAGAGCUAUCUGCCUGA